GCACACUCUUUGCUCGGCUUCCCAUCGUUGCUGCUUGUUGAAAACCACUGAAAAUGUCUGGCAAAACCGCUGAUCCUCUCUCCUUCGCCAAGGACUUCAUUGCCGGUGGUGUUUCUGCUGCCGUAUCCAAGACGGCCGUUGCACCCAUCGAACGAGUCAAGCUGCUCCUUCAGGUUCAACAUGCGUCGAAACAGAUCACGGCCGACAAGCAGUACAAGGGUAUUGUGGAUGCAUUUGUUCGCAUUCCCAAGGAACAGGGCAUGGGAGCCUACUGGCGUGGUAACCUUGCCAAUGUCAUCCGUUACUUCCCCACUCAGGCUCUUAACUUUGCCUUCAAGGAUGUGUACAAGAACAUCUUCAUGAAGGGAGUUGACAAGAAGACCCAGUUCUGGAGGUGGUUCUUGGCUAACCUUGCAUCUGGUGGUGCCGCUGGUGCUACCUCCCUCUGCUUCGUCUACCCCUUGGACUUCGCCCGUACCCGAUUGGGUGCUGACGUCGGUAAGGGAGCUGCCGAGCGCGAGUACAAUGGUCUAGUCCACUGCUUGACCAAGACCUUCAAGUCUGACGGCAUCGUCGGACUGUACCGUGGAUUCAACGUCUCCGUUCAGGGUAUCAUCAUCUACCGUGCCGCCUACUUCGGUCUCUACGAUUCUGCCAGCGGUAUGCUGCCCGACCCCAAGAAGACUCCCCUCUUGAUCAAGUGGAUGAUCGCCCAGGUGGUGACGACUGCCUCUGGUAUCGUCUCCUACCCCUUCGACACUGUCCGUCGUCGUAUGAUGAUGCAGUCUGGUCGCGCCAAGAGCGAUAUCAUGUACAAGAACACAUUGGACUGCUGGGGCAAGAUCUACAAGGCUGAAGGUGGCAAGGCUUUCUUCAAGGGAGCUUUGUCCAACGUCCUCCGCGGCACUGGUGGUGCUUUGGUCCUUGUCUUCUACGAUGAACUCAAGACCCUGAUUGGUUAAACUGACCAAUUUUGGCUUGUUCAUUUUUUUUUUUUUCGUAGACAAAUCCCUAACAUCUGUGCAAAAGAAUUACCUGUCAAGGUAUACGGAAUACGAGACCCACAUUAGAAUGUUAUCAAGCUCUGUAAUAAGUAAAGAAGAAUUCCAUCAGCUGUGUCCAUUACACGAUCGUUGACAUCCACCUCAGCAUUGUGAAUCUAUUUUUCAUUUCCCGCCUCAAUUGUUUGUGUAACAUGACCGGGAAUAAGCAACAAAAAAAAAAGGCUCACUACCCUUCUCUGUUGAAUAUGUGCAACCCAAGGGCAAAUCUACCUUGAUUUUUAACGAAAGAAGGCUUUGUAAGCCGAUCACGUUAUAAAAAAUCAAUACAAUAGGCAAGAAUUAGUGUA